AUGCCUAACUUUUGAUCUCUUCUUCUGCCCAUAGUUAAAGAGCAGGUGUGCCCACAGAAGGAGAAACAUGCCAUAAAGGCAGCAGGACAAACUGCUCGUAGCCAGUUGGGCUUCAGUGAUGACAAUUCAAAAUGGCUGGCUCCAGCCAAAGCCAAGCAGAUCCAGUCUAAAAGAAACCAUGUGGAGUUAUCCAGCGACGGUGAGGUGGAAGAGGGCAACUGGGAGAUGGAGGAGGAGGAGGAGGAUGGGAGCAGCGAGGAGAUGAUGGAUGAUUAUGGUGCCUCAUCAUCAGAGGAAGAAGAGUUGCUGCCUAUUGAAAAAGCUGCCCUGAAGCAGAAGUCUAACAGGGAGGGCCUCAGUGAAGAUGAUAGUGAAGAGGAGGAGGAGGAGGAAGAGGAAGAGGCAGCAGAGGAGGCAAGCAGGCAGAAAAUGGGGCAGAAGGAGGAAGAUAGCCCAGAUCUGCAGCUCAACCUGGAUAUAGAUGAACAAUUUAAACUGCCAACUAAUGAAGAGAUUGAGAGAGAGGCUGCUGAGCCUCCUGACUUGCACGUCAUUCACCAGCGCAUCAAGGGGAACAUGGACGUGCUGCAGGACUUUGUGGUGAAGCGGGAGGAAGGUCGCACGCGGCAGGAGUACCUUGGUCUGUUGCGCCGGGACAUGGCUGCCUACUAUUCCUACAGCGACUUCUUGCUCAUGAAGCUUAUGGACAUCUUCCCACUCCCUGAGCUAAUAAACUUCCUGGAAGCCAAUGAAGUUCCGCGCCCUGUGACUAUUCGCACCAACACGCUGAAGACACGGCGACGGGACCUGGCACAGGCUCUAAUCAACCGUGGUGUGAAUCUUGAUCCCUUGGGGAAGUGGUCAAAAACAGGACUUGUUAUUUAUGAUUCCUCUGUGCCCAUUGGUGCCACCCCUGAGUAUCUGGCUGGACACUACAUGCUGCAAGGAGCCUCCAGUUUUCUCCCUGUCAUGGCUUUGGCUCCACAGGAGAAUGAGCGCAUCCUGGAUAUGUGCUGUGCCCCUGGAGGCAAGACCAGCUACAUAGCUCAGCUUAUGAAGAACACAGGUAUGAUCUUGGCCAAUGACAGCAAUGCUGAGCGGCUUUGCAGCGUGGUAGGGAACUUGCAUCGUCUGGGAGUCACCAAUACUGUCGUGAGUAACUGCGAUGGACGCCAGUUUCCCAAGGUGCUUGGAGGGUUUGACCGAGUCUUGCUUGAUGCUCCUUGUAGCGGAACAGGUGUCAUUUCCAAGGACCCUGCUGUCAAAACCAACAAGGAUGAGAAAGAUAUCCUACGAUGUGCUCACCUGCAGAAGGAGCUGAUUCUUAGUGCUAUAGAUUCAGUCAAUGCUGCCUCAGAGACAGGGGGCUACAUUGUCUACUGCACUUGCUCUAUUAUGGUGGAGGAGAACGAGUGGGUUGUGGAUUAUGCCCUGAAGAAACGCAACGUCCGUUUGGUUCCCACAGGCCUGGACUUUGGCAAGGAAGGCUUCACCAGGUUCAAGGACCGUCGCUUCCACCCCUCCCUCAAGUCUACGCGACGUUUCUAUCCCCACACACACAAUAUGGAUGGGUUCUUCAUAGCCAAGUUCAAGAAGUUCUCUAAUGCCAUCCCCCAGACACAAAAAGAUGAAGAGCCUGCUGCAGAAGCAGCAGCUCCGUCUGCUGUCCCUGAUGCCAUCAUGGAGCCUCAGCCAAAAAAGAAGAAACUUGAGGGAUCAAAAAAAUUUGCAGGAUCAAAAGUUGACGAAGAGCAGAAGCUGCUACAACCUGCUUUGAAGAAGAAACGUUCAUUGCAGGCACAGAGGAGACCCUCAAAGGCUGGCCAGCCUUCUCCCAAAAUGAUGCAUCCUAAAGUCCCUAACAGGAAGAAGAAGAAGCAUAAAGUGAAAGUGAAUGGACAGUGA